GCAACAACAGUUCACUGCUCUUAAGAGGAUAGUAGACUAUCUUGUCAAAGAUUACUGAGAUCUGCUGAUCAACUAGUUUGGAAGAAAUAUGAGAGUAGCUGUUGAACUUUUGCUGCUGUUACUGGGAGUCUCUCAGGGUUUGGCAGCUGACUGCGAUGGCAGAAUUAACAAAACACGAUGUAAUGUCACUGUGGGAGAAACUCUUUUUCUACGGCUGGCUAACAAUGCUUCAGAAAUACCCAAAUUUGACCUACAAAAGGGACAAUCAAUAUUAUUAAGAUGGAGGAUAAAUGCAACAGUGACUAAUCAAUUAAAAGACAGAUCUGAUUUUAUUUACAGUAAUGGAACAUUUAGGAUCAACAAAGUGAGGCCCAAAGACGGCGGUGAAUAUGAACUACAAAUCUUUGGCUCUGAUGGAAUCAAGAAAGAAACUCGUUAUCUUCAUUUAUCUGUUCAAGCAGGGGAAGAGUCAUUGAAAAUUGGAGUUAUUGCUGCAGUGGCUUGCUUUGCUUUUUGCCUAUUCAGUCUUAUGGCUAUUCAAGUACUGAGGAAAAAGCAGAAAGUCAAAGAGGAGGAAGAUCCGGAUCAUUUAACUUACGCUGAUAUCACAAUAGCCCAGGAGCCAGGGAAGAGGCAAGUGAAGCAAAAAUUGGAAGAAGAGGUGGAGUACGGGCAGAUCAAGUCUUCAGGCUGAUAUCAGCUAAUUACACCAGACUUCAGACAGUAAAGAGGACAGAUAGAAGAAAAUGAUGGAAGAUGUCUGAAUUUUUAAUUUUAAUUUAUUGUGAUCUUAUCUUAGAAAAAAAGCAACCCAUAGAAGUUAAAUAAUACUCCAUGUCUUUUCUCUGUGAUUAUAUUUGAUCAUGAAAAUGUUUAAUUUAUUUCUUUUAUUUUAGAAAUGUAAAACAUUACCUUGCAAAUCCUGAAAAAAUAAGUUUGAUUAAUAAGUAGAGAAGCUUCGUCUAUUCGUUAAUUCUUUAAAAAAUAAACUUUGGUCUGGCACAAACAGGAAAUUAGAGGCAGAUUUUUUAAACCAAUCAGGUUUUUAAAAAAUCUUCACAAUAGGGAGGUCUCUGGUUGAAAUACUCUUUACUUCCAACUGUAAAACUGCAUGCUAACAAAUACAUGAUCAUGCCAUUUCUUAAAAAGAGUAUCCAUUCACUUCAUCCAGAUGGGGUUAUGAUAUUAUAUUAAAUCCAAUAGGGAAUCAAAGGCAAUAGGGCCUUUUCCUAAGUUUGCCCUCCUUUGAGCAAUGGGAUGUCCAAUUAUUUUAUGGUUUACACAGACCACUGAAUUUUAUAUUAUGACUUUGAGAUUUUAUGACUGAUAUAAUAACUACAGCUUUUGUUUAUAAAUGUCUUUACAGCUAUUUUGUAGUACUUUGAGAUUCUAUUUGUAAAGUUUAUAUCAAUGAAAUGUUUA